UUGGGGGCAUAUGGAGAAGUAGAAUUUUUAAGGAGCCAUGAGCUGUGUGUGUUUCGUCCUCCACCCCUGAGUUCACCCCACAUUCAGGCAACAGUUGGUCGUGUGGGACCAGCCCGGGCUCUGGAUGGGGAGGGGGAGUCUCGCGAUUGCUCUUUCCAGUGCAGCCACUGUUGCCGCCCAGAAGCCUCCCUUCUCCCCUUCCUCGUCCCCCCUCAUCUUUCCCGCUCCAACGCCAUGGAGCCGGACACGGCCACAGAGGCAGCCACCGUGGCAGCCUCGGAUACCAGAGCCACAAUCGUGGUCAUAGAGGAUGAGCAGCCCGGGCCGUCCACCUUUAAGGAGGAGGGAGCGGCUGCCGCCGCCACGGAAGCCACCACGGCCACUGAGAAGGGCGAGAAGAAGAAGGAGAAAAUCACUUCUCCAUUUCAACUCAAACUUGCUGCUAAAGCUUCCAAAUCUGAAAAGGAAAUGGACCCAGAAUAUGAAGAGAAAAUGGUAAAUAUACCCUUGAAAGCAGACCGAGCAAAGAGAUUUGAGUUUUUACUGAAGCAGACAGAACUUUUUGCACAUUUUAUUCAACCUUCAGCACAGAAGUCUCCAACAUCUCCUCUCACCAUGAAACUGGGACGUCCUCGAGUAAAGAAAGAUGACAAGCAGAGCUUGAUUUCUGCUGGAGACUAUCGCCACAGGCGCACAGAACAAGAAGAAGAUGAAGAACUGCUGUCAGAGAGUCGGAAAACAUCUAAUGUGUGUGUUCGAUUUGAGGUCUCACCUUCCUAUGUGAAAGGAGGACCCCUGAGAGAUUAUCAGAUUCGAGGACUAAACUGGUUGAUCUCUCUGUAUGAAAAUGGAGUCAAUGGUAUUUUAGCUGAUGAAAUGGGUCUUGGGAAGACUUUACAAACCAUUGCUUUGCUUGGUUACCUGAAGCACUACAGAAACAUUCCUGGACCCCACAUGGUUUUAGUUCCAAAGUCUACGUUACACAACUGGAUGAAUGAAUUUAAACGAUGGGUUCCAUCUCUCCGUGUUAUUUGUUUUGUUGGAGACAAAGAUGUAAGAGCUGCUUUUAUUCGUGAUGAAAUGAUGCCAGGAGAGUGGGAUGUCUGUGUGACUUCUUAUGAGAUGGUAAUUAAAGAAAAAUCUGUGUUUAAAAAGUUUCAUUGGAGAUACUUAGUCAUUGAUGAAGCUCACAGAAUAAAAAAUGAAAAAUCUAAACUUUCAGAGAUUGUUCGUGAGUUCAAGUCCACUAAUCGCUUACUUCUAACUGGGACACCUUUGCAGAAUAACCUGCAUGAACUCUGGGCUUUACUUAACUUUCUAUUACCGGAUGUCUUUAAUUCUGCAGACGACUUUGAUUCUUGGUUUGACACUAAAAAUUGCCUUGGUGAUCAAAAACUUGUGGAAAGACUCCAUGCAGUUUUAAAGCCAUUUUUGUUACGUCGUAUAAAAACUGAUGUAGAGAAGAGUCUGCCUCCCAAAAAGGAAAUAAAGAUUUACUUGGGACUGAGUAAAAUGCAACGAGAAUGGUAUACAAAAAUUCUGAUGAAAGAUAUUGAUGUUUUAAACUCUUCUGGCAAGAUGGACAAGAUGCGACUCUUGAAUAUUCUGAUGCAGCUCCGAAAGUGUUGUAAUCACCCUUAUCUAUUUGAUGGUGCAGAGCCUGGUCCACCUUAUACGACAGAUGAACACAUUGUCAGCAAUAGUGGUAAAAUGGUAGCUCUGGAUAAGCUAUUGGCAAGAAUUAAAGAACAAGGGUCAAGAGUUCUCAUUUUUAGCCAGAUGACUCGGCUGCUGGACAUUCUGGAGGAUUACUGUAUGUGGCGUGGUUAUGAGUAUUGUCGACUGGAUGGACAAACCCCACAUGAAGAGAGAGAGGAUAAGUUCCUGGAUGUGGAAUUACUGGGUCAAAGGGGAGCAAUAGAAGCCUUCAAUGCUCCUAAUAGCAGCAAAUUCAUCUUUAUGCUGAGUACAAGGGCUGGAGGUCUUGGAAUUAACUUGGCAAGUGCUGAUGUGGUUAUCCUAUAUGAUUCAGACUGGAAUCCACAGGUUGAUCUACAAGCUAUGGAUCGGGCACAUCGAAUUGGUCAGAAGAAGCCAGUACGAGUCUUCCGUCUCAUUACUGACAACACAGUGGAAGAACGGAUUGUAGAGAGAGCUGAGAUAAAACUAAGACUUGAUUCAAUUGUUAUACAGCAAGGAAGACUCAUUGACCAACAAUCUAACAAACUGGCAAAAGAGGAAAUGUUACAGAUGAUACGCCAUGGAGCCACCCAUGUUUUUGCCUGUAAAGAAAGUGAGCUGACAGAUGAAGAUAUUACAACUAUUCUGGAAAGAGGGGAAAAGAAGACUGCAGAGAUGAAUGAACGCAUGCAGAAAAUGGGAGAAUCAUCUCUAAGAAAUUUUAGAAUGGAUCUUGAACAAAGUUUGUACAAGUUUGAAGGAGAAGAUUAUAGAGAAAAACAGAAGCUUGGUGUGGUGGAAUGGAUUGAACCUCCUAAACGAGAACGCAAGGCCAACUAUGCAGUGGAUGCCUACUUUAGAGAGGCUUUGCGUGUCAGUGAGCCAAAAAUCCCAAAGGCUCCUCGGCCUCCAAAACAGCCAAAUGUUCAGGAUUUUCAGUUUUUUCCACCACGCUUAUUUGAGCUCCUGGAAAAGGAAAUUCUUUAUUAUCGGAAGACUAUAGGUUAUAAGGUUCCAAGGAAUCCUGAGAUCCCUAAUCCAGCUGUAGCUCAAAGAGAAGAGCAAAAAAAGAUUGACGGAGCUGAACCUCUUACUCCACAAGAGACUGAAGAGAAGGAUAAACUUCUUACACAAGGCUUCACAAACUGGACUAAACGAGAUUUUAACCAGUUUAUUAAAGCCAAUGAGAAGUAUGGGAGAGAUGACAUUGAUAAUAUAGCUCGAGAGGUAGAGGGCAAAUCCCCUGAGGAGGUCAUGGAGUAUUCAGCUGUGUUUUGGGAACGCUGCAAUGAAUUACAGGACAUUGAGAAAAUUAUGGCUCAAAUUGAACGUGGAGAAGCAAGAAUUCAGCGAAGGAUCAGUAUUAAGAAAGCAUUGGAUGCCAAAAUUGCAAGAUACAAGGCUCCAUUUCAUCAGUUGCGUAUUCAGUAUGGAACCAGUAAAGGAAAGAACUAUACUGAGGAAGAAGACAGAUUCUUGAUCUGUAUGUUACACAAAAUGGGCUUUGACAGAGAAAACGUGUAUGAAGAAUUAAGACAGUGUGUACGGAAUGCUCCCCAGUUUAGAUUUGACUGGUUUAUCAAGUCUAGAACUGCCAUGGAAUUCCAGAGACGCUGUAACACUUUAAUUUCAUUGAUUGAAAAAGAAAAUAUGGAAAUUGAGGAAAGAGAGAGAGCAGAAAAGAAGAAACGGGCAACUAAAACUCCAAUGUCACAGAAAAGAAAAGCAGAGUCAGCUACUGAGAGCUCUGGAAAGAAGGAUGUCAAGAAGGUGAAAUCCUAAAGCCUAGAAAUAAAGUUUUAAAUGGGAAACUGCUAUUUUCUUGUUCCCAUCUUCAAAUGCUAAUUACCAGUUCCAGUGUAUUCAUGGUACUCUAAGGAAAAAAAAAAUCUCUUUGGUUUUGAUUUCUUGCAUAUUUUAUAUAUUUUACAAUACUUUCUACCUAAAAUGUGUAGCUUUCUAUUUUAUGCUUUCUAGUAUUUUGUGUACUGUAUUUUGUGCAUUUCAUGUCUUCAUCAAAUUCUUCUCAGUCCUUGUUCUUUUAAAGCUUGUGCUGAGGUUUUAGCUUUUCUAUGUUUUAUAUGCCGCUGCUUUGAAAGAGAACCUAGAUUCUAUAGCUGUAUUAUUGUUGUUUCCGACUUUAAAUUUAUAUGGCUGUGGAAAAACGAAUUAAAAUGAUCUGAGGAGAAAGACCUUUUCACUUCUUUGUUGCUUUCUUUUCUAUUGAGUCUGGCUUGUAUGUGUUACUGCAUACUAUGAUUAGCAUAAUAAUUGUUUCUUUGAGGUCAUCUCAAUAUUUUUUUCCUAAAGAAAUAAAGGGUGAGAAAAGAAAGAUAUUAAAAAAGCCUAAUAUUUGAUACUGUGCUUGCUGUCAGUAUGCGUUACAUUUAAAUUAUUCUCUAAAUAUGCAAGUGGGAAAAUAUAAUAAAGAAAUGCCUAUAAGAAAUGUAA